AUGUCUUACCCUCAGCGUUAUGAUCGUGGUGCCGUGGCCCCAUACGGCUCAAUGCAGCUUCCCAUUGGGUGGCAAAUGGCAUACUCACCGGAAGGCGAUCCGUACUACAUUGACCACAACACCCGCACGACACAUUGGCAAAUACCCCCUGAGGUGAUGCAGCGAAUGAAUCAGGGUUCCGGCUAUCGUGUAGGGCGCGUGCGUCGUGGUAUUGACCGUACUAAGCUCAAGACUAAGAUGUGUAUGAACAUCCAAAACGGAGGGAAGUGCACGUGGGGCGACUACUGCGCCUUUGCCCACAACUCUGAAGAACUCUCGGCUGUUCCGCACGGUGGGAACCGCGGGGGUGACGGAAACCCGUACCGCGUGAAGCAAGAUAACAUCCCCGGCAAUAACAACAGCCCCACUGCUAACAUCAACACCCCCAGCAACGGCAAUGGCGCUGCUAACUACAUGGAUGUACAAAAACCCCAGCAGCCGGUCGCCUCUGCGCAUGCCGAAGGUGCUGUCGCGCCCCAGCAGUAG